AUGAAGUUAGAAAUUUUGUUGGGAACAAAAAGCUGGCAAAAUUACCUUCCUUUGUUACACAAAAUAUUUGAAGAAAAUAAUAAUAUUAAAGGGUUGAGAAUAUUUGAUAUUGUCCCUCAAUUUAGCUUUCAUAUAAGGAUAAAUGAAACACAAUUUGGGGAUAAUGCCAAUUAUUAUUGGAGCCAGAUAUUUGAUAUCAACAAGUAUGCAAAUAGAUUCAGAUUUUUUGUUGAGACUGACUUGGUUGGUAUCAGUACAUCAAUCUUCAAAUAUAGAAAGAAAAAUACAAAGGAUGAGUUCAUUGAGGAUAAUUGUGGAAUAACUAAUAUUUUUGGAAAAGAGGUAAUUGGGAGGAAAGAUUUAUUUGUUGCUGUUGAUAAUAAAGAAAGAGUUGCUCAUUAUGGGACAAAGAAGUAUAGAGAUAUGGCCAGAUUUGUGAAAAAUAGGAGGAAAAUAAAGAGAUGGCUUAAUCAAAAUCAAAAUAUCAAAAAUUUACAAAAUGUUCUACCUACAUCAUGUGUACCCGCCAAGACCAACUUCUUAAAUCAUAUUCAAUUUAUUUUAAUGCAUUAUCAUACCUUCCAAUCUUUUUAUGGUGCACUUUGGUUUUGCAAAAUAAAAUUUGAUAAUUAUGUUUGCAAGCAACAAGCACUUUCUAAAAUGUGUCAACAGAUCAUUGGUAAACCACAAGACUGGCAUUAUUCUGAUGUAGUUGUGGCUUAUAGAUCUGGUGGAUUCUUCUCUUCUUCUCCUGGUUAUGCUUCAGGGCCAAAAAAACAGUUAUACCAAAAGUUGAAAAGAAGAUGCACCAUUCAAUUGGUAAAUGAAUUUAAAACAAGCCAGUAUGCAGAGUUUGCAGUAAUGGCAAUGGAAUGUUAUGAAUAA